CUCUUGAUCCAGUAAGAGAGAGUUCCUUCUCAAGUCCUUCCAUGGCUAGAAUCUUCCCCAUUUUGGCUACCCAAUUCACUGUCUUCUUCAUCGUCUCUUUUUUCACCAUAAAUUUAGCCAUAGGAGAUGAAGAAACGUUUGUUAGAAGUGUGGACAGGGAGCUAUUAGGUGUGAAGAAAGAAAAACUCAGUCACUUCCGCCUCUACUGGCACGACAUAGUCAGCGGCCGCAACCCCAGUUCAAUCCCAGUUGUCCAGCCGGUGACCAAUUCAUCGACUUUUUUUGGGUUGAUAAACAUGAUCGACAAUCCCCUGACGCUGGGGCCAAAAAUGAGUUCCAAGAUGGUGGGAAAGGCACAAGGGUUUUACUCCUCUGCUUCGCAGGAGGGAGUCGGGCUGUUGAUGGCCAUGAAUUUUGCUUUCAUGGAAGGGAAAUACAAUGGAAGCACGAUUACAAUCCUGGGAAGGAACCCAGUGUUUGCAGAGGUGAGGGAGAUGCCGGUGAUCGGAGGAAGCGGACUUUUCCGGUUUGCAAGAGGGUAUGUUCAGGCAAGGACUCACUGGCUUGAUAACAAGACAGGGGAUGCCAUUGUUCGUUAUGAUUGCUACGUGAUGCACUACUGAUGAUUCCUUUGAACUUUUUUCAAUUUUUCCUUUUGAAAAUGUGACUGUGCUUCUUCCACAUUUAAUAAUUUAUGGCUAAAUUAUUAGACGGUGGGGUUGGUUCUGUUGUUUUCCUUUUGAUGAAUAAAGUUACUUUUGGAUC